AUGUCGCCUCAUGUGCAGCCUACUUUUGGCUUUCUCUUUGACAUCGAUGGAGUAUUGGUACGAGGAAAGACUCCACUUCCUGCUGCUAAAGUAGCUUUUCAAAAGCUGGUGAAUUCUCAAGGACAUUUCUUGGUGCCUGUUGUGUUUGUCACCAAUGCAGGGAACUGUCUUCGCCAGAAAAAAGCUGAUCAGUUGUCUCAUAUUCUGGGAGUGCCAAUUUCACAAGACCAGGUCAUGCUGUCUCAUAGUCCUUUGAGAAUGUUCAAACGUUAUCAUGACAAAUGCGUUCUUGUGUCUGGGCAAGGACCACUUCUGGAUAUUGCCAAUUGUUUGGGUUUUUGUCGGCCUAUUACUAUUGAUAUGCUUCGGGAGAUGUACCCUUUGCUGGAUAUGGUGGACCAUGACAGAAGGCCUAAAAUUUUGCACUCCCCAGCUGUGGACCUUCCCAAAAUUGAGGCUGUUGUUUUGUUUGGGGAGCCAGUCAGAUGGGAAACAAAUCUCCAGUUGAUUAUAGAUGUUUUGCUGACAAGUGGCUACCCAGGAAAUCCAUAUCAUCAUGCAAAAUACCCACAUAUACCUGUUCUUGCUUGUAAUAUGGACCUAAUGUGGGUAGCUGAAGCUCAGUCUCCAAGAUUUGGGCAUGGAACAUUUAUGGUUUGCUUGGAAAACAUUUACAAGAAGAUCACUGGCAAGGAACUGAAAUAUGAGGCUUUGAUGGGCAAACCUAGUGAGCUGACCUAUCAUUAUGCAGAGUACCUCAUCAGAACACAAGCAGCAGAAAGACAGUGGAAGAAGCCUGUUCAGUCUCUUUAUGCUAUUGGGGACAAUCUAAUGACUGAUAUCUAUGGCGCUAACCUUUACAAUCGUUACCUUGAAGAAAAGAACUCCAGAAAAGGUUCCAAAGCACUUGUUCAGGCCAAAGUUGCUGCAGGCACAAGAUCUACUACUGUUUCUCAGGAUGAUGAAAUAAGCAACACUUGGGAAAGUGAACUAGCAUCUGCCACUGCCACUAGUUGUAGAUCUAUUCUUGUCUGCACUGGAGUUUAUAAUCCUCAUGCAGAGGUGUCCCCUGAGACUGGGGAGAGUGUAACUGAAACAGUGUUCCACGGUCACAGAGAUUUUAGAUUUGAUCCUGCCUUGAUUGAACCAGAUCAUAUUGUACCAGAUGUUGCUGCUGCUGUAGACCUGAUCUUCCAACUAGAGAAUUUUGCACCUAAUUGAAAAACCAGUACUCUCUAAGGAUUUCCUAGCUCUGUGCUUCUCUUCCAAAAGCAAACUGAGGCGUGUAGCACAGCACAAACUGUGGCUUUCUAGCACAUUUAACCCUUUAAUUUUAAUACUUUUAGCAAAACACUUCCUAUGUGUUUUGAUAGCACUUCAUUGUCAUCCUAUUCCACCCUUUAUGUGUGUGCGUGUUUUUAAGUUUGUCAUCUUGCAUAAUGUCUUGGGGAACUGUCAUUGUGUGUGUGUGGGGGGGGGGGGUUGUUUUGUUUUGUUUUUAAUUCUCACGUUUACUUCAUUCCUCUGUUCAUUUGCUGAAGGAGUUAGUCUCUAAUUGGGUGCAUGCAGGAGUUUGAGGAGUGGCAAUUAAGUAGUUCAAAUAACCCAAGUAGACUUUGGCUGGUGCAGUGCCCUGUAUACUUCUCUGGUGCUCCAUAAGUAAUAAGCUUUCCUUCCCAUACUUUGCCUCAAGUUAAAAGCAAGUAAUGUGCAUCCUUGACUCUCCCUCUCUGUAUUUGUCUGCUCUUAAUUGUGUAUCUGUAUAUACAUCUCUUUCCACUUAGGCUUGCAACUACAAUUGCUGCCCUCAGCUUUUCAGUUUGCUCUCAGGGAUGCCCAUGAGACCUAGUAUAAAUGCUUAGUAGCCAGUACCAUUUCUGGAAUUUCUGGUUACUGAAACAGCUGAUCUAAGAGGGAGACUAAACUGGGGUCUUCUAUAUAGUGCACCAGAACUAACUUUCUUUUUCCAUAGUCUCAGAAAUAUAUGAAAAUGCUAUAAUCCAUAUAACUUUAGUUAAGAAUUUUAACUAUAGUCAUAUUGUGAGUACUGUAUUUUUCGCAUAUGACAUGCAUAUUUCCCCUCCAAAAUCAGCCCCCAAAACUGGAGGACAUCCUAAAUGGGAAACCUAAGUUGGUUUCUUCAUUGGAAGAGGAGCACUCUUGGAGACACUAUUGUAUGCCAAGAUAUCUGCCACGUGUCUGGCUCAGCAUACUGAAAGAGUGGAGUCCUGUUAAACCUCUCUCAGCCAUACCUAUUGGCUGAGAACUAUAGAUUGUGCCUGAAGCAGUGAGUGACCUGCUGGUAGUAUCUUGAUGAGGCUUGUGAUGUGGAAACACUUUAUUUACAAGAACUUUAUAAAGAACUAAUUACAAUAAAGAAUUAACAUUAUUGCUGCCUGUGGCAGAGCACAGGGUGUGUCUGCCACUUUAAGGGCCUGGAGCUGGCAGCCUC